AUGACACCCUAUGAAGCCCUAUAUGGGAGGAGAUGUAGGACUCCUUUGUGUUGGACGGAGCUUAGUGAAAGUAAGAUAAUAGGUUCUGACUUGGUGACACAAACAGAGGAAAAAGUCAAGAUUAUAAAGGAAAGAUUAAAGGCAGCUGCAGAUAGACAAAAAUCAUAUGCAGACUUGAAGAGAAAAGACAUAGAGUAUGCAAUAGGGGAUAAGGUGUUCCUUAAGGUUUUUCCAUGGAAGAAAGUGCUGAGAUUUUGUAAGAAGGGCAAGCUAAGUCCUAGGUUGAUUGGCCCAUAUGAGAUCACUGAACGUGUGGGUCCAGUAGCCUAUAGGUUAGCUUUGCCAUCAGAGCUGGCUAAUAUACAUAAUGUCUUCCACGUGUCUAUAUUGAGGAGAUACAUAUCCGACCCUUCACAUGUCAUUCUAGCUGAGACCAUUGGCAUUCAGCUUGAUUUGUCAUAUGAAGAGGAACUAGUGAAGAUAUUGACACGAGAGACCAAAGAGUUAUGGAACAAGAAGAUUCCCCAGUGA